CACUUUUACAGACAUGACUCAGUCAAGAUGAUAUGAAAUGCUCGUCCUACCUUAGACCCGGCGUCCUUUGCUCGCCUUUCUUGUUCCGACAUACAUACCAUCCUUGAACCCUGCAUCCUCAGACUUUCUAUACAGCAUGACCGACUCGAAACACUCCAACCCCUCCGGGACAAACGCGCCUCUCAACCCUACAGCCGCAUCUUUCAACAUGCCUUCUUCAGGCGAAGGGACAGUUGUGAAUGGGACCUCUACAGCAGCCACAGAUGGCAUCGACCAGUCCAAAGAAUCGAAGAAAUCCGGCAAGUCUCGCCCGGACGCAGCCCUUCGAACAACGACCGAACAAAACAUAGCAGAAGCAGGAGCCGGUGUAAAACUCACGGGCGCAGAGCUCAAGAGACAAAAAGCCGCCGAGAAAGCCGCCAGGCGAGCCGAAAAGGUGGCCCAAAAGGGUGCAGAAGCACAAGUUGAAGCUGCAGCCGGCUCGACAUCAAAGCCAGAACUCCAACGACGGCCAUCUGCUACGAAACGAGAUAGCGACGCAGGAGGCUCACAUCACAAACGCACUCCCUCGUCAAGCGGUGGGAAACCAUUACCUCUCCGCGGCCAGCAGCAGUCACAACAGCAGGCGGCACCCACAGCGACUGAAAAAACGAAACCGCAGGAGUCAAAGAGAGUGGCCUUGUUCUCACACCUCUACCCAAAGGAACGGAAAGCCAACCUCGCAAGCGCUGGCCGCGAAAUCCACCCGGCCGUACUGUCUCUCGGCCUGCAACUCAGGGACUACGUGAUAGCUGGUGGUAACGCGCGCUGCGUCGCUACACUCCUGGCCUUCAAGAAGGUCAUUCAAACGUACACGACUCCUCCCGGCGUAGCUUUGUCGAGACAUCUAUUGACGCAUCUGAACCAUCAAAUCGCGUACUUGCGCAACGCGAGGCCCUUAAGCAUGUCCCAGGGGAAUAGUAUUCGGUGGCUGAAGAACCUGAUCAGCACGCAGCCCGUGGACGCAACGGACAGUGAGGCGAAGAAACAGAUCUGCGACGAGAUAGACCGGUUCAUUCGUGAACGGAUCACACUGGCAGAUGAAGUCAUUGCGCGCGAAGCGGGCGCGAGGAUUGGUGAUGGCGAUAUUGUGCUCACCUACGGGAAGAGCAGUGUCGUGGAGAAGACGCUUAUAGCUGCACAUAAGCAGGGAACGAAGUUCAAGGUCAUCGUCGUGGACAGUCGGCCGAUGUUCGAAGGGAAGAAUCUUGCCAGGAGUCUGGUCAGAGCCGGAUUGAAGGUUCAAUACGCACUGCUGGCAGGACUAUCGGACCUGGUCGAUCAAGGCGCCGGAGCCGUGACGAAGUGUCUAUUGGGCGCGAGCGCGAUGUUGGGGAACGGAGCGUUACUGGCCAGGGCGGGUACUGCGAUGGUCGCGCUCAUAGCGAAGGAGUGCAGUAAGAAUCGCAGCCGCAACGUGCCGGUGAUUGUGCUCUGUGAAACGGUCAAGUUUACGGCCAAGGCGGCACUUGAUAGUGUCAUUAUGAAUGAGGUCGCGGAACCCGACGCCCUUGUGGAGACGAAUGAGCCGGAUGUGUUGAGCUCGACGACGCUGAAGAAGGAGGAUCCCGCAGCGAAGAGUGGCAGCAACAAGAAAGCCGGAGGGAAGGAUGAUGACGACGCCGAUGAUAAAGACGGGAUAGGGAAGGGUUUGCAAGGGUGGAAAGAGCAGCAGGGCCUCUUUCUACUGAACUUGAUGUACGAUGUCACGCCGGCCGAGUUUAUUGAUGUCGUGGUGUGUGAGAUGGGAAGUCUUCCGCCUACGGCGGUCCCUGUCGUUAAUGGCGUGCAUGGGGACGAUCAGGCUCUGGCGUGAUGAGAUGAGUGCGAAGAUGCGUUGUGAUGACGAGCAGGAUGCAAUGAGAUGGAAUUGCCCCUGUUUUGAGUGUUUACGCGAGAGAAGCCGACUUUGCGAAGGCAUACACCGAAGGGCUCAGGCACUGCCAUGUGUUCGGAAGAUAACGAAGAGGGUCUCAAUUGAGCUACGUCUUGUGCACUUUGAUACAUGCCUGUCAGGCUCUGUCGACCCGGGUAGGCACAGUAACUUAGUUUCAGAGACGUGUUUGAGUCUGUACGAAAAGGCCAGAAAGCUGACCGGGCCGGCUCUGGUCAAAGGCAGCGAUGCAAGUAGAAUUGUUCUUGAUGAAUGGAUUUUGAUCUCGGUG